AUGGUAUGGUGGCGGUCCUCGCGUUUCCACGUCUGGUCUCCGUCCGGUGGUUGGUACACACAGCCGAGCAACUGGAAGGCGAACACAGCUGUCUUUGCAGGCGUCGUCGUCGCCUUAACAGCUGCGCUAUGGAAGCUAAGCGCCGAGCGCGAAGUCCGACACAAGAUGCCAGAGGAGGGACGAUUCUUCCCUAGUCGGUACUGGAGUAAACAAAUAAAGGAGCACGAGGCAGCGAAAAAGGCGAACAAACCCGAAGAAUCAUAG